CACCGGCGGCUCUGCGGUGCCCCGGGUGCGCGGCCGGCGGGGGCUCGCCGGUGCAUGGGCGGGGAGGAGGCCCCGCCGGGCCGCCGCCGCCGCCGGCCGUGAGAUGAGCGGAGCGCGGCGCCCCGCCUAGAGCCGCCCCGGGGCCGCCGCGGCCAUGGCAUCGGAAGAGGCCUCUCUGCGGGCUUUGGAGAGCCUGAUGACCGAGUUCUUCCACAACUGCACCACAAACGAGCGCAAACGCGAGAUAGAGGAGCUUUUAAAUAACUUUGCCCAGCAGAUUGGGGCCUGGAGAUUCUGCCUGUACUUCCUGUCCAGCACGAGGAAUGACUAUGUGAUGAUGUACAGUCUGACUGUGUUUGAGAACCUGAUCAACAAGAUGUGGCUGGGGGUCCCAUCUCAGGACAAAAUGGAGAUCCGCAGCUGCCUGCCCAAGCUCCUGCUGGCCCACCACAAAACCCUGCCUUACUUCAUCCGCAACAAGCUCUGCAAAGUCAUCGUGGACAUCGGCCGCCAGGACUGGCCCAUGUUCUACCACGAUUUCUUCACCAACAUCCUGCAGUUAAUCCAGUCUCCUGUGACCACCCCCCUGGGGCUGAUCAUGCUGAAAACCACGUCGGAGGAGCUGGCCUGCCCGCGGGAGGAUCUCAGCGUGGCGCGGAAGGAGGAGCUGCGCAAGCUGCUCCUGGACCAGGUGCAGACGGUGCUCGGGCUCCUCACAGGUAUUUUGGAGAGCAUCUGGGACAAGCACAGUGCCACUGCUGCCACUCCACCACCAUCCCCGACUUCAGGAGAAAGUGGUGACCUGUUGAGUAGCCUGUUACAGAGUCCCAGCGCGGCCAAACUCCUGAACCAGCCAAUCCCCAUCCUUGACACAGACAGUGAAUACAUCUGUUCCCUGGCACUGGAGUGCCUGGCACACCUCUUCAGCUGGAUCCCUCUGUCCACGAGCAUCACCCCCUCCCUCCUCACCACCAUCUUCCACUUCGCCCGGUUCGGCUGCGACACGCGCGCGCGGAAGAUGCCGUCGGUCAACGGCAGCAGCCACAACUCGGUGCUGGGGCAGGAGCGGGGCCGGCUCGGGGUCCUGGCCAUGUCCUGCAUCAACGAACUCAUGUCCAAGAACUGCGUGCCUAUGGAGUUCGAGGAGUAUUUGCUGCGGAUGUUCCAGCAGACUUUCUACCUCCUGCAGAAGAUCACCAAGGAGAACAACGCGCACACGGUGAAGAGCCGGCUGGAGGAGCUGGAUGAGAGCUACAUUGAGAAGUUCACAGAUUUCCUCCGGCUGUUUGUGAGCGUCCACCUACGGAGGAUUGAAUCCUACUCUCAGUUCCCAGUGGUUGAAUUCCUGGCACUGCUGUUCAAAUACACUUUCCAUCAGCCUACACAUGAAGGUUACUUUUCUUGCUUGGACAUCUGGACACUCUUCUUGGACUACUUGACAAGCAAGAUUAAAAGUCGCCUGGCAGACAAAGACGCAGUGCUCAACAGGUACGAAGAUGCCUUGGUUCUGUUGCUGACAGAGGUGUUGAAUCGAAUCCAGUUCAGGUAUAACCAGGCACAGCUGGAGGAGCUGGAUGACGAGACACUAGAUGAUGAUCAGCAGACGGAGUGGCAGCGGUACUUGCGCCAGAGCUUGGAGGUGGUGGCCAAAGUCAUGGAGCUCUUGCCAACUCACGCCUUCUCCACACUGUUUCCGGUUCUGCAGGAUAACUUGGAAGUGUAUCUGGGACUCCAGCAGUUCGUGGUCACUUCAGGGACAGGGCACAGGCUGAACAUCACUGCAGAGAACGAUUGCAGGCGGCUGCACUGCUCCCUGCGGGACCUGAGCUCCCUGCUGCAGGCUGUGGGGCGCCUGGCAGAGUAUUUCACUGGGGACGUGUUCGCUGCCAGGUUCAACGAUGCCCUGACCGUGGUGGAGAGGCUGGUCAAAGUGACGUUAUAUGGAUCCCAGAUUAAACUGUACAACAUUGAAACCGCGGUCCCCUCUGUGCUGAAACCUGACCUCAUUGAUGUCCACGCUCAGUCCCUGGCAGCCCUGCAGGCCUAUGCUCAUUGGCUGGCCCAGUUCUACAGCGAAGUUCACCGGCAGAACCCGGAGCAGUUCAUCUCCCUGGUGUCCACGGCGCUGGAGGCCAUCACCCCCCUCAUCAGCUCCAAGGUGCAGGAGAAGCUGCUGCUCUCUGCGUGUCACCUGCUGGUCUCUUUGGCCACCACGGUGCGCCCGGUGUUCCUGAUCAGCAUCCCAGCAGUGCAGAAGGUGUUCAACAGGAUCACAGACACUUCUGCCCAGCGGCUGCCAGAUAAGGUGAGUUGUCUCAGACAUGGCUCAGUGUGCACCAGGUGUCCCUGGGAGGCUGUGCCUCAGGUCUUACUGUGGCAAGCCAAAGUGAUCAUCCAUCAGACACUCAGCGUUCUGGAGGAUAUUGUAGAAAGUAUCUCCGGAGAAUCCACCAAGUCCCGCCAGAUCUGUUAUCAGUCGCUGCAAGAAUCCGUGCAGGUCUCACUAGCCCUCUUCCCAGCUUUCAUUCAUCAGUCAGAUGUGACAGAUGAGAUGCUGAGCUUCUUCCUUACCCUUUUCCAAGGCCUGAGGGUGCAGAUGGGAGUGCCUUUCACCGAGCAGAUCAUACAGACCUUCCUGAACAUGUUCACCAGGGAGCAGCUGGCAGAGAGCAUCCUCCACGAGGGCAGCACCGGCUGCCGGGUGGUGGAGAAGUUCCUGAAGAUACUGCAAGUGGUGGUGCAAGAGCCAGGCCAAGUGUUCAAGCCUUUCCUGCCCAGUGUCAUCUCCCUGUGCAUGGAGCAGGUGUAUCCCAUCAUUGCAGAGCGCUCAUCUCCUGAUGUGAAAGCAGAGCUGUUCGAGCUGCUUUUCCGGGUCCUGCACCACAACUGGCGGUACUUCUUCAAAUCCAGCGUGCUGGCCAGUGUCCAGAGGGGGGUGGCAGAGGAGCAGAUGGAGAACGAAGCCCAGUUCAGUGCCAUCAUGCAGGCCUUUGGCCAGUCCUUCCUGCAGCCUGACAUUCACCUGUUCAAGCAAAACCUCUUCUACUUGGAGACGCUGAACACGAAGCAGAAGCUGUACCAUAAGAAGAUCUUCCGGACGACGAUGCUGUUCCAGUUUGUGAACGUGCUGCUGCAGGUGCUGGUGCACAAGUCCCACGACCUGCUGCAGGAGGAGAUCGGCAUCGCCACCUACAACAUGGCCUCGGUGGACUUCGACGGCUUCUACUCCGCCUUCCUGCCCGAGUUCCUGGCCAGCUGUGACGGGGUGGACUCCAACCAGAAGAACGUGCUGGGAAGGAAUUUCAAAAUGGACAGGGACCUGCCCUCGUUCACGCAGAACGUGCACAGGCUGGUGAACGACCUGCGCUACUACAGACUCUGCAACGACAGUUUGCCCCCCGGAACUGUGAAGUUAUAGUUGCUGCACUGGACUCCUCUUCCACCGCUGUAGGGAGCGGAUCCGUGUUUUCGGUUUGCCACCACCCCCUCUCCUCCUGGGAUUUGUCAGCGCUGCAGGACACGGGGAGGGGGGUCCUGGACUCACACACCACGCUUCCUUUUAGUUCUCCCUUCCCAGCCCAAAGGCCCGCAGCUGGAGCCAGCAGGAUGUGUCUUAAACGCCCACCCGUGGGGCAUCCCAACCGUUGGAAAACCCCGUCCCUGGGCUUUCCUUCUGCUCUGAGGUAGCACUUUGUUGCGUCCGGAGAUUUCCGUGGAGUUGUCUUGAGAGAUCGUGUGCGUAUCGAACGCGAGGCAGAAGCGCCAAAGACUAACUUCAGACAUUCAUACCUUCGUGUCAUUCCACCUCCCUGCCCUGCCCAGCUUUCAGAGGAGGAGUCUCUGUUGGGACUGGUUUGGCACUUCUGUCACUCCCUUUGUUUUUAAAUUGCCUUGAAAACCUCCCCGAUGGUUUUUCGGGGAUUAGAGACUUUUUUUGGGUUUUUUUUUAAACGUUUUCUCAUCAUUCCAUUGUGAUACUAAAACGACAUGCUUAAUGGGAAUAAAGUGCUUACUUUGUUGUUUUAAA